AUGUCCUCCGUCAAGCUGACCCCGGUGCCGCCGACCACCAACGCCGGCGAUGAGGCGAACAAGGCCGACGAGGAGGUGACCAUCGAGGACCAGCGCAGCAUCAACCGCUUCGCCCGCCUCAACGCCAAGGAGGACGACCUCGAUGAGAUGCUGAAGAGCCUGAAACGGGACCUGGCCAACGUCAAGGAGGCCACCGAUGAGCUGCUGCUGGCCGACGACGACGACGAUGAAGAGGUGCGCGACCUCUCCAACAUUCACUUCCGCAUCGGCGAGGGCUUCAUCGCGGUGAGCAAGGAGGAGGCGGAGAGGAUGCUCGAGGCAAAGCAGAAGGAGCUGGACGCCGAGGUGCGGGAGCUGGAGGCGCGGAUCGCCCCCAUGAAGGAGGAGAUGAGCACCAUCAAGGCGAAGCUGUACGCCAAGUUCGGCGCCAACAUCAACCUCGACCUGGAGGACAACUGA